AAAAUAUAUAUGUUCAAUCAUUAAUUGUAGGAUUGAUUUUAGCAUAUGUUUAUUUCCAGCUAUUAAAUCGAGUUAAAUUAAAUGAACCACCUCUCGCUUAUUAUCGAUUUCCAAUUAUCGGACACACAUGGAGUUUUUUAACAGAUUGUGAAAAGUUAAUUACAGAAUCUCGGAAAAAG